AUGCCUUCAGACAGGAUCACCGACAAGAUCGCGGCGUUGCCGGAGGACAGCACAUAUUUCUCUCUCGAGUUCUUUCCUCCAAAGACUCAGCAGGGUUUCGCAAACCUCCACGCCCGUCUGUCUCGUAUGGCACACUCAUUACGGCCACUAUUCGUCAACGUAACAUGGGGCGCUGGUGGCAGUACUUCGACAAAGUCUCUAGCUCUGGCCGAGAUGACGCAGCGCCAAUUGGGCCUCGCUACAUGUCUGCAUUUGACCUGCACAAAUAUGUCGCGCAAGCUCAUCGACGAAACUCUGGAACAAGCAAAAUCAUUGGGUGUUCGGAACAUUCUUGCGUUAAGAGGUGACCCUCCGAGAAGCGACGAAUACCGCUCCAACGAGCUGGAGAACAAUGAGGAGGAUGACAGCAACAGGGAGUUCACAUGGGCAGUCGACCUGGUACGCUACAUUCGCAAGGAGUACGGACACUACUUCUGCAUUGGCGUUGCUGCAUAUCCUGAAGGCCACUCCGAUCAAUCACAUCCCGAGCACCAGCAUGCAACCUACGAUCUGCCAUAUCUGGUCGAGAAGGUCGAGGCUGGCGCCGACUUCCUCAUGACCCAACUUUUCUACGACAUUCACGCAUAUCAAGAUUACGAGAAGCUGUUACGACAGCACGAAAGCGGUGCUUUCGAGACAAUCCCCAUCAUCCCCGGCCUGAUGCCUAUUCAGAGCUAUCAGAUCCUCAAGAGAACCACCAAACUCAGCCACGCCAAUCUUCCCUCCGAAGUCGCAGACAGACUGGACCCAAUCAAGAACGACGAUGAAGCUGUAAAGCGCGCUGGUGUCGACAUCUUGAGUGAGAUGGUCGAGGCUCUCAAGAAAAAUGGCUACCCUGGACCUAAAGGCUUCCAUUUCUACACGCUCAACCUGGAAAAAGCUGUUGCUCACAUUGUAGAACGCUGCAAGCUGAUAGGUGCGGUCAAUGACUUUGUCGCUGUAGAGGAGGAUGAUACACCAGUCGCCAACGGCAAAGGCGACAAGAAAUCAAAGGCUCGUCGCAGAUCUUCCCUCGCCAACUCUGCUCCCCAGAACCGCGUUGUAGUCGACAGAACGAGGUCGGAAUCUUGCGGUAGCGCAACUUUCGAAGUUUUCGACGAUGAGGCCGGUGUGCCAGGAGAGAACCCGCCAUCGCGCGCAGACGCUCUAGCAAUCUCCGAGGGCGAAGGUGCUAUGGGAAGAGAAGCGACGUGGGAUGACUUCCCAAACGGAAGAUGGGGUGAUGCUCGCAGUCCGGCAUAUGGUGAGAUUGACGGAUAUGGUGUCAGUUUGCAUGUCUCAAUCCCCAGUGCCUUGAAGCUGUGGGGCUAUCCUGUCGAUGCGAAGGAUAUCACAACCAUUUUCGAGCGACACGUUCGUGGAGAUCUGGACGCCAUUCCAUGGAGUGAAGAAGGUCUCAACCCCGAGACCGAGACGAUCAGGGAGGAGUUGGCUAGCCUGAUCCAGAAGGGUUGGUGGACUGUCGCCUCUCAGCCUGGAGUGAAUGGCUUCCGCAGCGACCAUGAGAUCUUUGGAUGGGGGCCGCCCGGUGGCUUCGUGUUCCAGAAGCCAUUUGUCGAGUUCUUCUGUUCACACGAAGACUGGACGCGACUACGUACCAAGCUCGACAAGGAUGACCAAGUCACGUAUUUCGCAUGUAAUGGCAAGGGUGAUUUCCAAGCAGCCGAAGAGGAGAGCUUGAAUCCAGUAACAUGGGGCUGCUUCACCGGCAAGGAAAUCGUCACACCCACCAUGAUCGAAGCCGUCUCAUUCCGUGCCUGGGCAGAGGAAGCCUUUGGCAUCUGGACCGAAUGGCGUCACGUAUACCCUCCUCGCUCGCCGUCAGCAAACCUGCUCCGCAAUAUCAGAGACAACUACUGGCUAGUCAACAUCAUCCACCACGACUUUACCGAGUCCAAUGGUCUGUGGAAGAUGCUUCAGGAAGCAUGA